GCUCCUCAUGGACUAAAACUUAACAUAAAUCUAUUAUCCUAUUGGUUAUUACUGGCAUGACUUUAUUCUUUGUUUAAAGCCGUGGGCUGUUUGUGUAUUUAGCACACAAUGCGGGGUGAGCUGCUGAAGCAGAUAACCUUUAACUCAACAUUAGCUAGUAGCUUUAGUUGUUAGGCAAAACAAAGACAUCAAAACCAACAGCUAGGAUCAGCGAGAGAGGUUUAUUGCCCUUUUUACUUGGCAGCUAGCGUUAAAUCUCACUCACAGGUCUAAUGCAGUGAUGAGUAAACUCCUUUUAGCUGUAAAAAGCCCUAAACUUGUUGAUUUCUGACUGGUUUGUUCCUCAUAUAGAAAACUGAGUUUGAGCUUAAGUGUCAGGCAUAAGACCAAGAGCAAACCAUGUGAUUAGAAGGCCUUUUUUUUUUUUUUUUUUUUUUUUGGUUACAAAGAAAGGGAUGUUGCACUUUGUGUAACUCUUAAACCCCGGAUCAGCUGUUAGGCGACAAUAUCCUCCUUGUUAUUUAUAAGCAGUGGCGUCUUUGUCGUUUAUGGAGAUGAAUAAAAGCCUUCUACUACCUUUUAUCAUUGUAUACACUCAGUAAAUAAUCCAACAUAAAAGCCUAGCAAUAAAUCCUAUGCUCAUGAAGGUUUCAAUGUUAAUUUCUACUAUGAAACAGUUUAGAAAAGUGUUGAUUCAACCUGUGUUAUUAUUUUGGGAACGGUAGUUACUACUCUGCUUUAUACCAGUGAAGGUAGACAAAGUCUGUUGUAUUAGUUGUCCAUAAUAGGUACACCUAGAGAAAACUAAUGCAGUCUGUGAAUCUAGGUCCAUCAGAGGGUGAACAGUCACUAUCAUUAUGCUCAGCUCAUUUUCCUAACUCAUUUCCCCAGCAAAUGUUGCCACACACUCUGCAGGAGCUAGACUUGUGCAGCUGGAUGUUUGAAGAUGCCCCGGAGGACUGUGUCUAUUCACUUGUUUCUGUUGUCUUCUUCCACUGUUCUAGAUGAACUGCUUUAGUCAAAGGCUGAGGCGCACGUCGCCCAUGCGGGGCAGCAGCAAAAAUGAGCUGGUCCCCUCCAAACCUCCCAGGAUGAACGGAUGGUCAUGGCCCCCUCAAGCCUUCCAAGUGGUCGGCUGGUUGGUGUACGGCUACCUCGCGGUGGUCAGCUUCGGCAUCUAUAUCCCUCUUCUGCCUCUGCCGUGGAACCAUGUGCUCUAUUCUCUGACAGGAAUAGCAUUUAUUGUGCACUUUUUCUCCCAUGUUGCUGCUGUCACUAUUGACCCAGCAGAUGCCAGUGUCAGGGCCAAACAGAGCUACUCCACUCCAAUGCCACUUUUUGACCGGACAAAGCAAUCACAUGUCAUCCAGGACCUACACUGUUAUCUAUGUGAUGUCAAAGUUGGCCCCAAGGUAAAACACUGUGGUGUUUGCAACAAAUGUGUGGAAGACUUUGAUCACCAUUGCAAAUGGCUGAACACCUGUGUGGGUGGCAGGAACUACUGGUGCUUCUUUGUGGCACUGUCCUCUGCUACACUUGGUGUCUUCCUGCUUGUUGUUGUCAUCUUGUUCAUCUUUAUUCAGCAUUACCUGGACCCAAACAGUCUACGGACCGCUCCACAGUAUAAUAAUACACUGGGGAAUGGGACCUGGCUGGUGUUCUUACCAUUAGCACCAAUAAAGACUAGUUCAGCCGGUCUCCUUAUAUUAGCCUUUGUAACUGUCAUGCUGAGCAUCUCCUGCCUGCUGCUACUCUGUCAUCUGUUGGGUUUUCACUUUUACCUAUUUUAUAAAGGCAUUAGCACAUAUGAUUAUGUAAAGAUGCAGCGCCAAAAAGAAGCUAGAAACCGAGACAUCGAAGCAGGGAAAGCUACUGAUGCCAAGACCCACAACAAGUCCCCACAGAAUCAAGAGAGCCCAAUCGACUGUGAGCCAGCCUUAUCACAGAGUACGAGUAGCUGCAAAAUUGACAAUAAAGGCCCACUCAGCAGCCGACUUUCAGAGUCUAUAUGCACAGAGUUGGAAAAUUUCAGGAAAUCAUCAGAAAAGGAGAAUAGUUUUCAUUAUGGAACAGAAAAUCCUAUACAGAACACAGCAAGAGAAAUGUCUAUGAGUGAUAUCAAAAGCUGGAAGCCUGAUACUGAUGAAGAGACUCAGAGCCCCAGUGUGAAGUCAGUUCCUGGAGUGCAGGACCCUCUUGGCAGCUCAGUUAUGAUCCCAGACGAUUCCUAGCAGUAACUGAUAUCUGUAUGGCGAGGCAUCGGGAUACGCUGCUUUCUAGAAUAAUUUAUUAAGAAAUUAUGCUUCAUAAAACUGAGCCACAUGACCAUGGACCCAUUGCCGACACGGACAGAGAAUAUGUUGGACUUUGAUAGACAUCAUGGAAAACUUUUUUUCAUCUAGUGGACAUUUUGUAUGCAGUCUGAAUAACUGUGAACACGUUAUUGUGUUUUGUUCCGUUUUUAUCUAUGCUAUGUGUUUUUAUGACGGCUGAAUUAUUUAAAGCAUUGUUUUAUCUCACUGAACGGCACAGAGAGCCAAAGUCCAGCCCCACUCUCAGGUUAGCCUCUGUUCAACUAGCCUGAGUCAGAUAGAUAAUAGUGUGUGGUAUGUUUAGCAUCUUCCUGAAAAGCUGAAACACAAUACUGUUCAUAUUCUAUAUUGUCAUUUAUCUGAAUACCAAAAAGAACCUUAAAUAGAAAAAUAUAUUGUCUCACUGAAAGCAGUGGAGCAGAUACUAGCUUGAAAAGUGGGCAGCACGUCAGCUCUCUGCUGCUGUUUUAUUAACCAUUGUUUUCACAGAGCCAGCAGUGUUCAGCAUCUGUUUUUAGUAAAAUUUGAUAGUAAACAAUAUAAAUACAUAA